GCGACCUUGUGUUCGGCGUUAUGUACCCGCUCGGUCCGUCGGUGCCGCGGCGUAAUCUAUCGGACCGCCUGAACCCGAUGGAGCUGUACAGUGACCGCCAGUUCCUCGCGAGAUAUCGCUUUACGAAGCCGACGGUGAGGGAACUCCUGACGCUGCUGCCUCUCCAGCAAACCGGCGACAACCGAGGACUGCCGCUCACCCCCCUGCUCCAGUUGCUGGUCACCCUUCGCUUUUACGGCGCCGGGACCUUCCAGAUGGUAGCGGGAGACCUGGUGCAUGUCUCCCAGCCGACUGUCUGCCGCACAGUGAGGACGGUGACGACGCUCAUCGCGAGGGUGCUCUUCCGAAGGCUGGUGCACUUCCCGGCUGCGUCGGAGUACCACGGCGUUAUGCGCGACUUCUACGCAAUGGGGCAGUUUCCUGGCGUCACGGGUUGCAUCGACUGCACCCACGUGCGCAUCAGAAGCCCCGGCGGAGAUGAUGCGGAAGUUUAUCGCAAUAGGAAAGGAGUCUUCUCCCUGAACGUCCAGGCCAUCACCGGCCCACAGCUACAGUUCUUUGAUGUUGUGGCAAGUUGGCCAGGAUCUGUGCACGACAGCCGCAUCUUUGAUGGCAGUCGUGCGCGUGCCCUUUACGAGGAGAGCAGAGUGCCCGGCGUCCUGCUGGGGGAUAUGGGCUAUGCCUGUCUCCCUUUCCUGAUGACGCCGCUCGCAAACCCUGGAGCGGCAAAUAGUCCCGGAGGGAGGUACAACAAGGCCCAGAUCCGAACGAGGAACUCCGUCGAGAGGGCCUUUGGGGUCUGGAAGAGACGAUUUCCCUGUUUGGAUAUGCGGCUCCAGCACAAGACUCGCCACUCAUGCAGCAUCAUCACCGCGUGUGCGGCUUUGCAUAAUCUGGGACGUGCAAGAAAUGAGCCCCUACCUCCUCCUCCACCCCCGCCACCAAGUCCCAGGGCACGGAAUGCCAGAAGGCGGCGGCAGCCACACCUGCCACCGAUUCUCCCGGAGGACUCUCCUUCGGGUCUGCGUAUCCGGCAGAACAUCAUUCUGCUGAGCUUUACGUGAGCUGCACGUAGGCUCAAGAGGCCCAUCACACAGGCCAUGAAGCGCAGCUCUCUUGCUGAGUGCGUCGCGGUGGUCCUGUUCAAGGAAGUUGCAGCGCAGGGCAUGCUCCUGCUGGACAAAGGCCAUCCUCAUAUCGUUUUCCUCUGCGAGGCUCCUUUCCAGCAGCGCCAUACGUCCUCCGACCUGGCGGGCACCACUGCCCACAGCUGCUGCCGCACUACCACUGUUGCACGCUGCAGCAGCCGCAGGUGUAGGAGCUGGUGACCCUGCAGUAGAUGUCUGGCUAAUCAGGCAAGCUGCUGGGGCUGCUGC